GGUGGGGCAUUAGGCUGUAGCUGUGUACGGACUUGCGCGAGGCGGGCGAACGCCGUCCUUCUUCCUCGAACAGGGUGGCCUCGCGCGCGGGGUUGUGGGGAGGGCGAGGGUCGAGUGCCCCUCUGGCCCCCGGUGGAGACUGAGGCGGCAGAGCACGGGCCUCCGGGGCGGCCGUGAGGAGCGGAGGUCGAGGUGAGGAGGAGCGCGGCGGGCCCGCGCUGGGCGGCGGAGGGCUGCGGGCGCUGCCCGCGCGGAGCCGACCUUGCCUGUCGGGUCCACACCCUCCCGCCCGGCUGCUGCCAAGUCCACAGACCGUGUGGCAUCCUCUCCCAGAUAACACAAGCCAUAAAAGUUGUUUUAAAAAAAAAAAAGAUAAAUUACUAUCUCCAAAAUAAAAGAAAACCAAGAUCCAUGAGUGGGCAUCGGUCAACAAGGAAACGAUGUGGAGAUUCUCACCCAGAGUCCCCUGUGGGCUUUGGGCAUAUGAGUACUACAGGAUGUAUAUUAAAUAAGUUAUUUCAGUUACCCACACCACCACUGUCAAGACACCAAUUGAAGCGGCUGGAAGAACACAGAUAUCAGAGUGCAGGACGGUCCCUGCUUGAGCCCUUAAUGCAAGGGUAUUGGGAAUGGCUAGUAGGAAGAGUUCCUUCUUGGAUUGCCCCAAAUCUCAUCACCAUCAUUGGACUGUCAAUAAAUAUCUGUACAACUAUUUUAUUAGUCUUCUAUUGCCCUACAGCUACAGAGCAGGCACCCUUGUGGGCAUAUAUUGCUUGUGCAUGUGGCCUUUUCAUUUACCAGUCUUUGGAUGCUAUAGAUGGGAAGCAAGCAAGAAGAACUAAUAGCAGUUCUCCUUUGGGUGAACUUUUUGAUCAUGGUUGUGAUUCACUAUCAACAGUUUUUGUGGUUCUUGGAACGUGUAUUGCAGUACAACUGGGGACAAACCCUGAUUGGAUGUUCUUCUGCUGUUUUGCUGGGACAUUCAUGUUCUAUUGUGCACACUGGCAAACAUACGUUUCUGGAACACUGAGAUUUGGAAUAAUUGAUGUGACUGAAGUGCAAAUCUUCAUAAUAAUCAUGCAUUUGCUGGCAGUGAUUGGAGGACCACCUUUUUGGCAAUCUAUGAUUCCAGUGCUGAAUAUUCAAAUGAAAAUUUUUCCUGCACUUUGUACUGUAGCAGGGACCAUAUUUUCCUGUACAAAUUACUUCCGUGUAAUCUUCACAGGUGGUGUUGGCAAAAAUGGAUCAACAAUAGCAGGAACAAGUGUCCUUUCUCCUUUUCUCCAUAUUGGAUCAGUGAUUACGUUAGCUGCAAUGAUCUACAAGAAAUCAGCAGUUCAGCUUUUUGAAAAGCAUCCUUGUCUUUAUAUACUGACAUUUGGUUUUGUAUCUGCUAAAAUCACUAACAAGCUUGUGGUUGCACACAUGACGAAAAGUGAAAUGCAUUUGCAUGACACAGCAUUCAUAGGUCCAGCACUUUUGUUUCUGGAUCAGUAUUUUAACAGCUUUAUCGAUGAAUAUAUUGUACUUUGGAUUGCCCUGGUCUUCUCUUUCUUUGAUUUGAUCCGCUACUGUGUCAGUGUUUGUAAUCAGAUCGCAUCUCACCUGCACAUACAUGUCUUCAGAAUCAAGGUCUCUACGGCACAUUCUAAUCAUCAUUAAUGAUGCAAUUGGUGUUUUAUAGGAAACUCAUGUUUUCUGCAGGAAAGAAUCUGAAAAUAUUAAGGAGAAGGGGGGUGGAUAAGAACAAAUAUAAUUUAUAAUAAUCAAUGUUGUGUCACCUUUAUUCUUUGUUACUGGUAACACUCCCUAACUAUCCUGUGUGAGAAUGGGAAUUUAGUCCCAUCCUGUAAAUUGUACAAUUGUCGUACAGAGUUUGGCCCAAGAAAGCAUGCAGGGGAAAAAAAAUAUGCCAUGUGUUUGUAAUUAUCCUGGAUUCAGAAUAAUGGCAUGAGGAGUAGAUCUCCUGUGGUGGAGAUUUCUGCUGUAGAUUAUUUGCUGGCCAAAAGAUGGUUACUUUAUAAUUUUUAACAAAUCAUCAUCUUUUAGUAACAUCCUUGUUUAGUGUCUUCUAAAGCUAUCUUUACUGAGAGCUCAGCUUGUGACACAGAUACAUCCCACUAGCUUGUGAGGGGGAACUAGUGGUAAAGACCUUGAAUUUGGAUUGAAAGGUUUCCUAUCUUUCUUUACAUUAUUGAGGAAGUAAUUUUUUUUAUUGCUCAAGAAAAAGUAUCUCUCAUGGGCUUGGGAAGUCCUGUUAGCAUGUGGAAUCAUGUGUUAACUUUGUCAAUCCAUUUUAUUUUUUUAAAUAAAUAUGUGAUCCAAAAGCCAA